AUGCCCCCGAGAGCAAACGACAAUACAGGCGGUCAUCGUCUGCGAGAGGUGCAGUGUCAGAUCUCGAUCUUCGGUCCUUCAAAUGUCAUCCAGAGCCCUCAGUCGAGUGGGUUCCACAAUAGAAUGGCGCACGCAGAUUCACUUGUUCUGAUCAACAUUGUCCGAAAAGGCGACCUCUCGACAUGGGAGACUUCAGAUCUCUGCUGA